GAACGGGCAGCGGUAGAAACAGGACGAGCACUCAUCCACGAGCCAGGUGCUCUUCCUUCCGUAGCCAUUUUGGCUCAAGGACUUAGGAAGCCGUUGUACCCCAUGUCCCAACGCAGCGUCCGUUGUGAUCAGUCGGGGGCCCUAUGGGCGGGUCCGCGUGCACCUGCACGCUACCGCCAGAGGUACAGCGCGCGGCCGAAGAAGCCACCUGCCCGAAGGCGGGCCCGCAGGCGAGGCCCACGCCGCUGCAGGAGGAACGGAGAGGAGGGCAUCCACACAGCGUGCCCCGCUCCUCCUCCCAGUCCACCGAGGGUGAAUUUGAUCGGAUGUUCUCGACGACGACCAGCGAGGCCAGUCCACGAAGUCAGGAGUGUGCACCGGCCGGGCCACCGUGUGAUCUUGACCAGGACGGCGCGAACCGCUUCAGCCCGACAGCGCCGCCUGGCUCGCCGACAGAUUCCCCAGUGACGGCGCAAGCGCCCAUCUCAGUCGCCAGGAAGUCGGAAACGCAGGAGGCUCCGCGAGCCAUGACGGCCGCCCAUCCAGACUUCAGCGGCGACUGGCUGUUGCACAGACUCGAGAGGGGGACGUACAAGCAAUGCUGAUGGAGCUCGAGACUUCGCUGGUGCAGCGGAAGGCAUUGGCCAGCGUGGGCUUCGGCGUCGGCUUGCAGUCCGUCCACGUGGAGCAGCACACAAACGAGAUCCGCAUUGAUUCGAGGUACUUAUCUGGUAAAGUCGAGAUGCCGCGGCCCAGAUCGACAUCGAAUAUCUACAGAACAGAUGGCAUUGAGCAGUACCUCACGGACCUCGAUGGUCGCACUGUCAGAACACGCGUGACUUGGGACGGACAGGUGUUGUCAAUGGACUCUGAACGGGUGUGGAGUAGCAGGCCGUUGCCCUCGACGCGGCGCUACCUACAGGGCGACGGCGAGGAGUUGGUGUUAGAACAGACGAGCCUUACUACUGGCGUUUCCGUGAAGCAGAUCUUCAGGCGGUGCGAGAGCCCAGCUGCAGAAGACUUGCGAAGUCCAGCAUGGUCCAGUCCACGUGACCCCAGUGGCCAGGGCCAGUCAGCGCAAAGUUUUCGACCGCGUCGCGGAUGAAGAAACCGUGGCAUGCAGCGUAUAGUUCUCCAGCGCAUGUCUUGUACCGAUUGUGUGGUGGUUAGUGCAGCACUACUGCGCCGCUCGGUUUCUUAACAAUACGCCGGUACAUGUUUGCAACAUGUUGGCACGUGAUCGGUUGGCCAUCACAGGUCAAGAGAGCUGUUACACGUUUUGCACGAUCACAUUUUCUGCCCCCGAGGACCCGGAUGGGAGGAAUGGAGCGGAGUUCCCCCCAGCCAGGUCCAACAGAAAGUUGGCAGCUCGGGCCUGGCACUGCACAGUCUGUCUAGGCCGCGGGGCAGCCCAGCAGUGGGUGUCAAUGGAUGAGUGUAUGUGACGUGGGCAGCACUUAAAGCUGUGACUGCGUUUUUUUUUGUUCCUGGCUCCCCAGACUGUGUCGGAAAACUCGAAGGACUGUUAGAUUCGAGUCUCGGCGGCUACGGAUCCCGCGUCAACUCUAUGCAUGCACGCCUGUUUGCAGCAAAUCAUGCGACAAUAGAGUCACAAUCAUGCGCUGCAUGGCGAGGAAAUGGUGCUGAUCAUGAGCGAAUGACAAAACAA